AGCAGCGUAGCUUGACUUGCCGACUUGUUUUGACAACGACACCCAACACAAGCGCCCACAGCGCGCCACACUAUUCAUGGGCAUCAGCGGCCUCUGGGAUCAGAUAGACGCAGCAGGUGAACUCAUCGCCUUGCAACGCGCAGCCCAACAAGUCCGCGUCGAUGGCCAACUCACACGGCCGUUGCGCGUAGCAAUUGAUAUCAGUAUUUGGGCCUUUCAUGUACGCAGCGCAGAAGGCGGUGAUUGUCCUGCUGAACGCACCCUCUUCAAUCGUCUUGUGCGGCUCUUGAAUCUCGGCAUCCAUGCCGUCUUUGUCUUUGAUGGGCAACACAGACCACGCGUCAAGCGUAAUAAAGUCAGAUCCACAGGAUCCGGUAAGAGUAGUGCGUUUCGUGAGAUGCCGAGUUAUAAGCGGCUCAUUCGCGCUUGUGGAUUUCAGGCAUGGCAAGCGCCAGGAGAGGCAGAGGCAGAGUGUGCCUACCUCCAGCAACGCGGCCUCGUGGAUGCCGUCCUCUCGGAUGAUGUCGACGCACUCGCCUUUGGUGCUACGAAAGUCUUUAAAAACUGGGGAGCCCUCAAUUACUCUGGCAGCAAGACGGAUGCGAAUGGCAAGAAAGUCUCUGGUCAGGCAUCAGCGACGCAUGCAAAGCUAUUCACUGCUGAACGGUUACGAGAACGAACAAAGAUUGCUCGAGCUGGGCAUAUUCUCGUGGCACUCAUGUCGGGUGGUGAUUAUGAUACAGAGGGUCUCAAGGGAUGUGGAGCCAUGAUUGCCUUCCAAGCUGCUGUUGCUGGCUUCGGCGAGACACUCGUGACGGCACUGCAAAACGGGACGGUGGAUGCAUGGCGUGAACAACUGCGUGAAGAGCUCAUCACCAAUAAGAGCAAUUUCUUCUCUGGCAAGCAUAAAGCCAUCGCAGCACAUCUUGAUUCAUUCCCCAAUACAAUGGUUGCAGACCAGUACCUCAACCCAACCGUCACAACAUCCGAAGCAAUGCAUGAAAAGAUUGGCGCAUUCAAUUGGUACCAGCAACCAGACUUGAUGGCGUUGCGCGAGUUGGGAUCCGAGUAUCUCGACAUGGUCAGCCGCGAGGGCGAUCUCAAGCUCAUUCGAACCAUGGCCUUGCCUCAAUUCAUGCUGGCCCUUGUUUCUCGCAUCCAGCAGGAAGCGACCUUUGAGAUUGUCAACAAGCCGCGACAACACCCAAGUACUGAUGACUUGGAAGAACUGCGUGUUCGCCUUGUGCCUCGAGACUGGGUGCCUAUCCCCAUCGAGGAAAAGGAAGACUUGACUGAACACGAGGGCCAACCUGUGGAGGCCGCAUCCGAAUUCGAUGUGCUUGCGCCGAAACUGCAUUGGAUCCCGCGCUACUUGCUUGAACGCGCUCAUUCCGAACGCGUGCGUGCUUGGGAGAGAGCUUCAGUUGCGCCAAAGACGCCCAAGAAACGCGUUCUUGCAAGUCCAGAGAAGCGUCUGACUGCAGCAGACAGGAAGCAAAGUGAAUCGGCCGAUCCAAGUCAACUCUCGCUAAAAGACUGUCUUCCUGUGACUAAAAGGUUGGCUGCGCCACUUGAGUCUGAUGAGGAAGAUGACUUGCCAGAGGACCUACGCUCGUUUUUAUUGCAAAAAAAGACAAUCACCCUGUCGCCUGUCGCGCACAGUCGCAUCACGUCGACAACCCAGUCCUCACUCAAACAAACACGCCUCCACUUUCGAGCUACCAAGUUCAACGACCCUAUUGUGAUACUCUCCUCGCCAGAAGCGACACCAGGGAAGCAAGCACCGCUCAAGCGCAAACCCGUGGCAACCACAACAAAAUUCAACGACAUUAUUGACCUCACUUAGCGAUGCAUUCAAUUAUUUUUAUUUAUUCUUUUUACGUUUUACCGGGCGGCGACGUUGGCUCAGUGACACCAGCGGGACAAUGCCAGUGAUCCUCGUGUGCCGUGCAUCCGUUAUUUGGCUUACCCGACGCAGCUGCUGCCGCUUGUGCUGUCACAUUGCUUGCGUCCGUUAGUGAGAUGCUGUCUUGAAAGCCGCUGCACCCAACGCCCGGCACCACCAGUUCAAAUGCAAACGCCUC